GGGGAUGCUGUCAGGACGCCGGCGGGCGGGGCUGCGUGUGGGGGUGUGGGACCCGCCCGGGGCCGCUUCCAGCGCUCACAACCGGCUCCACCAACCCAGCUCUAUCGGGCCCUUCGCGUUCCUUCGCUUAAGGGGAUCCGCCCUGGGACCGCGCCGCUGCUCGGUGUCGGAGGGCGCGCUGGCCCGGGCGGGCCCCGCCCCGCGGCCUCGAAGACCUCUUGAAAGUGCAGAUGAUGGAGGACGAGGCAAACCAAGUGCAACCCCUGAAUGAGAUGCAGGUGCCAAACUCUGACAGCGAUUAUGUGUGGCACGUCACUGACAUGAAUCGACUGCACCGCUUCUUGUGCUUUGGUUCAGAAGGUGGUACUUACUGUGUCAAGGAGCAGAGGCUGGGCUUUGAAAGUGCAGCAGCUUUGAUGAGACUGGUUGAAGAAGGCAGAGGUUGUGAAGUUGUUCAGGAGAUAAAGACAUUCAGUCAAGAAGGCAGAACAGCCAAACAAGAGCCCUUGCUUUUUGCGCUUGCAAUCUGUUCACAGUGUUCUGAUGCAAAAACAAAACAAGCAGCAUUUAAAGCUGUUCCUGAGGUGUGUUGUGUGCCGACUCAUCUCUUUACUUUCAUCCAAUUUAAAAAAGAUUUGAAGGAAGGCAUGAAGUGUGGCAUGUGGGGCCGUGCACUGAGAAAAGCUGUGGCAGAUUGGUACAAUGGAAAGAAUGGCAUGGCUGUUGCGUUAGCAGUUACAAAAUAUAAACAAAGAAGUGGUUGGUCUCAUAAAGAUCUUCUGAGGUUGUCCCACCUGAAACCUGCCAGUGAAGGUGUAGCUAUUGUCACUAAAUACAUCACCAAAGGGUGGAAAGAUGUCCAAGAAGCUUACAAAGACAAAGCAGUUUCUGCUGAGACUGAAAAGCUUUUAAAAUACCUGGAGGCUGUGGACAGAGUGAAACACACAAAAGAUGAAUUGGAGGUUAUUCAUUUAAUAGAGGAAUAUGGUCUCGUUAGGGAACAUCUAUUGACAAACCAUCUGAAAUCUAAAGAGGUUUGGAAGGCCUUGCUGAAGGACAUGCCCAUUUCUGUUUUGUUGAGAAAUUUAGGAAAGAUGACUGCAAAUUCAGUCCUUGAACCACGCAGUUCGGAGGUGGCAAUAGUAUGUGAAAGACUGCGAAAUGAGAAAUUACUAAAAAAGGGUAGAAUACAUCCAUUCCAUGUAUGGGUUGCAUUAGAAACUUAUAAAUCUGGACAUGGAAGCAGAGGGAAGCUUUGGUGGCGUCCUGAUGAAGACAUUUUAGAAGCUUUAGAUGCUUCAUUCUAUAAAACUUUUGAGACUGUGGAACCAACAGGAAAACGCUUCGUAGUUGCAGUUGAUGUCAGUGCAUCAAUGACCCAGAAAGUUUUGGGCAGUGUGCUGAACGCUAACACAGUUGCAGCAAUAAUGUGUAUGGUUGUAGCACGUACUGAGAAGGAUUCCCAUAUUGUUGCCUUUUCACACGAACUGGUCCCUUGCCCUGUGACAGCUGAUAUGACGUUACCUCAAGUAUUAGUGAAAAUGUAUGAAAUUCCAAUGGGUACCACUGAUUGUUCCCUUCCGAUGAUAUGGGCUCAGAAAACACAGACAGCUGCUGAUGUCUUCAUUGUAUUUACUGAUAAUGAAACCUUUGCUGGAAAUACUCGUCCUGCAACAGCUCUUAGAGAGUACAGGGAGAAAAUGGGUAUUCCUGCUAAGUUGAUUGUAUGUGGAAUGACAUCAAAUGGUUUUACGAUCGCCGAUCCAGAUGACAGAGGCAUGUUGGAUAUAUGUGGUUUUGAUGCCGGAGCAUUGGAUGUUAUUCGAAACUUCAUUUUGGAUUUGAUUUAAUUUUCUAGGCAUCUGUUCUUCCCAGUGGGUCCAUUGCUGGCAACAGACUUAACCCUGGGAACCCUUAGCCAAAUGUACUUUAUUAGAAUAUGGCACAUGAUAUACAUAUCAAAAUGUUACCUUUUUGUGAAGGGAAAGCAAGAAAAGCAGAUGAUGAAUCACUUUUCUCCUUUUUCCUGUUGUGCACGAAUUAAACUAAUGGUGGGAAGUUUGCUAAAAGUUGCAGGGUUACAUGCUACGUAAUUUGGUUUCGUUUAAAAUAGAUCAUGAAUACUGGGAUUUUUUUCCCCCCAUUGCUGUGUGAUGGUUGUUUACAAGAAUAAAUGGAUGAAUUAUUCCUAGGGUGGGGCAGGAAAGAAAAGUGGUUUUAGCUUUUUAAUAGUGUCAGUUUAACAGCAGGUUAGUGGAGAGUGUUUUUUCUUCGGGCCUUCUUUUUAAUCUUGGUAUUUUCAGCAACUUAAUGUGGUUCAGCAGUUUCCAUUGUCAUACUUCAGGUCUACAGAAAAGCAUAAUCUGGCACACGUGAGACCGUGUAACUGUGAUGCAGUGUAAAAGUUACCCAGUGAAAUUUCACGCUGAUAAACCUGAAAGGAAAGGAGCUCAUGCUAAAUCUUCUAGCAGGGAUAUCUGAAUUCCUAAGAAAAAGGUAACUGUUCGUAGAGGGGUAGUUUCUGUACAGUGCAGUUUCAGAAGCACUGUUUUAGAAUUUGUGUGCUUUGGAGAAAAUUGUAUGGACUUGGUAGCAGUGAAAGGCCUGGAGAUGUCUGGGAAACCACAUUCAGAACUUGCUGUGACUUCUCAGACAGCAGCAGCUUAGUUCUUAGUGAGGAAGAUCAGCAAAUGCAUGCAUCUUAGUGUACUCUUGAAAGCUGAGUGGUAACAACUAGAAACAAAAAACUACGUUUUCUUCAAAAGAAUGUAUUCAAUGACACAUAAAUAAUCUUAGUGAGAAUACUUCAUUUUUACAAACUUUUUGUAGACUAACACUACUUCUGAUUUCUUAAAUUAAUUCAAUCUAAUGCUUUUCAAAACUACCUCCAGUUUAUAGUGACCAAUUCUUAAACUUUUAUGAGAUGUACAGUUGCCUCGUUCUCAAUCUUGUUUAGGAAGUGACUAAAACUAGAUUUUUCUUCAUUCAUUUUGAUAGGAAGAGUGUGAGGAAAGGAGAAAGCUAGUGAAUAUCUUACCACUUUGGAACAGGGGCUGAUAGCAAUUCGUGUGUAUAUGUAUUUAAAAUGGUGCAUAUAUGUUUAUAGAUGUGUGUAUGGGGGGGAAGCUUAAAAGAUUUCUUUAGGAGAGGACAGUCUUAGAGGUUUUUUUGUUCCAAUGAUGGUUUUACCACUUCUCAUCAGACAUUUUAUGUCAGCCUCUUUUAUGAUAAUUCUAUUUUAAACAGUGAAUUGGAUGUUAAUUUGAAAAUAAUUAUGGUUUAUAAAAAAAACCUAACUGUGGUAAAUGACACAAGACCAUAUUUUUCUGCCCAAAACAAGCUUUUAAAUGUAAAACUCGAGUUCAUAUUAUACUUUUCAUACCUCUUAUGCCUCCUACAUAUGGACUACAAACUCAAAGCUUGUGUUUCAGUAGGAUGGAUAUCUAUUUGGUGCUAUCUAAAACAUGACAUUGUGUUUCUGAAGGUAUUCUGCUAUGGAUUUGUACUCUACUCAGAAUGGUGAGGGAAUCCUUUUCUGACAUUAAGAAACAGAGUUGUUUAAAAUCCAUGGCUUAAAGAGCAGAUGGGUAGGUAUCUUUCUGGGGAACAUGAAUCGAGUUCCUUCUGGAUUAUCACUGCUAUUAUGAUACAGCUCUGUUAGAAUGCUUGAAGAACGCUUUGCUAGCACCAGCUGGUCAGGUAACACACACAAACAAACAAGUGUUCCUGCAAAAAACUACCAGAAAAGCACCUUGAAUUUGAAAAAGAAGUUCAGCCAUUUCCUGUGGAAAAACUUCCCACCGAGUGUAGUUUCCUUGCUGAAUAAACAUAAAUGUGGGGAGUGAACAUACUGACAUAUUAUUUCAAGUAAAUGCACUGAUGUUUUGGAAAUACUUUUGGUAGUAAUGUGUUUUAAAUGCAACAAUAGUCGAACAACUGAUUAGAUGUUUCCUAUUAAGCUAGAGAUGUUGAAAAUAACUGAUGGCUAAGUAUCUGUUGCAACUACUUUUUCUUAUUUGAAGUAGUAUUUGUGAAGUAAUAGGAAAUGUGGUGGACUACAUAUGGAAUGAUAAGCUUGAACUGGUGUUUUAAGUAACUUUUGGCAGUUAACUGCAUAAAUGUACUGCAGGUAAAUGAUUAGUUAUUCUCAGUGACUGAGAUUACAGUAGCAUUGCAAUGUUGAAAGUUGUUCCAGUUUAAAUUACAAUUCCUUGAAGUACAGGGAAGGUGAGUUUUUCAGUAGAACUUAGAGGAAAAUGUAGCUCUCUGAAUCUGUUACUGAUAGAUACAGUUAUCCAUGCUGGAGUAGGUAAUAUGCCCCUAAAUAUUUACUGUAACUCCGGAUCAAGAAACCUUGUUAGAAUAUUGUAUGUGGUGGCUGUCCAAUGUAAAGCUUAUACUGUUGAGAUCAUGUUGUCUUCUACUCCUCAUCUAAAGUUUGCAGAACAGAAGCAGAACCGAGGUGAAAGCUGGCAGCUGAAACUUGGUUGUGUGUUGAUCCUUGGUCCUACUGUCUUCUUUCUGGGAUUGUUACUGUCUUAUCUUAAGUGGCAGAAGAAUGAUACUGCAUUUUCCUUUUCCAUAGGGAAAAGCUGAUGUUUAUCUGCCCGCAUGCUGGAUUUCAGGAGGACAGUAUGACUUAUGUGCUGUCAUAUACAUUUCUCCUAUCAACUGGUAAUUGUUAAAAUGGUACCUGAACAUGUGAAGGGGCAGCAAUUGCUGUAAUGUGCUGUGAUGUUUAAACAAGAGCAAGACAAAAUUGCUAAAUUGAGGUGAUAAUUCAAUACACAAUGAAUAACCUGCCCUUUCACUAAAGGGGAGACAUGACUCAAGUUAAUAGUGUCUUUUGCAUUGGAGGAACACCAAGACUAACAAAACAAGAAAUGGGGCUAUAAUGGUGCUCUGCAUUUAACAUGUAAAAUAGAGCAGGAGGGUGUUUAGAAAUGGUGAAGUUUAGAAUAAGCAUUUAAAAGUCUAAAAGUACAGCUGUAAUCUGGGUGAAUGCAGGUUUCCUGAUAUUUGUCACCAUUAAUAGGCUUUCAGUUUGACUGUCAUUUCAGUGUGACACCCUAAUAAUUCUUAGUCUAAGGCAUAAUCUAAUACUUGUAAUAUUCAGGCACUUUACCAGUAAGGAAAGGAUCAGAAGCAGAGCAGAAGUAAAAUCUUCAUCUGUAGUGAAGAACUGUAAGCAGUGGACAUCAGAGGUCAGGUUUCUUCACGGCAGUGAUAUACUCAAGAACAUGGAAGAUUUCUCAACGUAAUACAAUGUGUCACCAUUGUAAAAUGAAUAAGGACAGUUGCAAUUUUGCCAAGAAUUAGAAUUCUGUGCCAGGAAUUGUAUAGCAAGGGAGAGUAGGGUUUGGGAUGCUUGUAGAGCUUAAGUAUGUAGGGGCUUAAUUUACAACUCUGUGCUUAAAGAAGUCUAAAGUUCAGUCUAGGUAUGAAGUUAGUGAGGCUUGUUUAACUGCCCAGUAUGCAGUGGCCACUAAUAACUGGCUGUAAAGUAACUUGCUGCUUUAAACCACUGUUAAAUAAUGGUGGGGGUGGGAUGUUGUUCUUUCGUUACUCUUUUUUUAAUUGGGGCCAUAAAUGCCUACGUAAGAGUAUGGCUUUGGAAGGCUAUCCAUCAAAGUGUAUGUUCUUGGCUUUAGAAGUACACCAGUCAUGUUGGCUUUUUUCUUUCCCCCACCAUUCCAAUCACUGCGUGAACUUCUGCUUAUACUUGAAUCUCUCUUCACUCCAUGCUCUCAUCCUCUCUCCUGUUGCCUGUGUUCUGCCUUUUUGCCACCAUUGAGCAUGAUAGCUUAGCUAAGUAACUUACUCCAGAACUGAUGUCUCAGUAUUUAAUUCUAAAAGCUGGACAACUUAUUGUUACCUUUCUUUGAUUAUAUAAUUCUCUAACAGUGUUUAAUUUACCAUAUCUAUCUGAUUUCUGGCGUUAGAAGUUGCGUAAGUUAUGGAAGUAUAUCUUAAUUCAUUUAAAAAUCCAGCAUCUGCCUUUGCAAUUAAAUGGCACUAUUUUCACACGACAAUUGUAAAAUGGCUUUUCAAACGUAAAUCAUCUUUCCAGGAUUAGUUUGGGUCAGAGCUUUCCAUUCUAUUGAAUAUUGUCAAGUUGCUGUUAGAUGCGGAAUAAGGAAAACGUAUAAAUGAAGAUUCUAGAUGAAUGGGCAGCUUUUUUUUUGCAGUCUUGAAUGUUUGAAGAAUAGAAUGUAGGAAUAAACCUGAGCAAAAGCGACUCAUCUUGCUUGCACUUCUAGUCUGUUUUUAAGCAUUUGGCCAGUUUGUAAGUUUAUUUAGCUGUUUGCAAUGGUUCACUGGGUACAAGUAGGUUGUGAGUAAUUCCAAUGGCUUGUUUGCUGAGGCUGUAGAGAUUUCAUUGUACCUCAACACAGUACAGUGUACAACACUGCCAAGUAAGACCUAAGGGGGAAAUGUAAAACAAGGCUGUAUGCUGCUCUGAGGGCUAAGACUUAAAAUUAACUUGAGCAGAGAGUAUGGUGUCUUCAAAUUUAUGUGCUUACACUUGGAUUUACGAUUUUGAUGCUGUGAAGAGUGGUUUCUCUGGGUAUUUCUGCAGUCCAAAUUUAUCUAUUUGCAUACAUGUAUGUGGUAUAUUGUGAACGUAAAUGCUUCGUUAACAAAUAAUGAAUGGAGGUAGCUGUUAUCCUAAUGAUAUCAGCUUUUUUGUUAAGCACAACUAAUUACAAUGAAAAUGUCUGUACCAUUACCUUCUCAAGCAGAAGUUUAGUUCUACUCUGGCCAAAUAAUGCAGUGGAAGGAAUGAGCAGAUAAGUGUAUUCACAGUUCUGUCAGCUUUGUGAAACAACUUUGUUUCUAGCUUCUUAGAAGCUGUGUUUGAGCUGGAUGAGCACUUAUCUUAAGCAUAAUUCCUAUUACGGAGUGUUUUAGUGAGUAAUUUUUAGCAGUCAGAUGCUAAGGAAAAUAUUAUGGUACGAUCAACAGCUUUUGUUUUAGAGAUAAUGCAAGUUCAGAGAGGGGAAAAAAAACCCAACAGAAUUUUAAUGAUGGGUUUUGAAUGCCUCCUUCCCUUUUUCUUCCCCAGAGCAGAACCACACUUCAGCUGCCAUAUCACGUUUAAACAACUUAAACAUAACAUGGCUUUGUGCCAUUCAAUAACGAAGGCACUGUCUUGCUGCUACUUUCUGUGGGAUUACCCCCAAAUUAAUGAGGAAAAUAUUUGGCUGGGAAGCCUUAAUACAGUUGAAAAGAAGCAUAAUUAACCCUUUGAUUGCCUUAAGACAUGACUUUCUGUAAUCAAUUGGCACUUGUUAGACUCUGCAGGCAAACAGCUUGCUUUCUCAACUGUUGGAGUGGAAUAUUGCCUUAAGUGACAAUGCCCUGAGACUUCUGAAAUUUAGAACUCAAAGGGUUAUUUUAAACUUUUGGGGACUUUUUCUAAUAGGGAACAAAAUGGAAAAAUUCCUUUGCAUACUGUUAUUACUUGAUUGAUGUGCAAGCUUUCCAGGUGUGCAAUUGUUAACCUUGUCUGAAAACAUAACUGGCCUAAGAAUGAUAGGCAAAGAAUACUUUGAUACCAGCACAUGUGCAAAAUAAAUUCCUUAAUUAAAUAUAUAUCUAGGGAGAGAUGCACAUUGUUUAACUUAAUGAGUUUGUCUUUGUAAGCAAAGACUUCAGAUGAUGAUGAAACUAGAAAAAUUAAGUAGUAAAUUGCAAUGGUGAAAACACAACAAGGUCAAUGUGUUUAGUUUUCUAAUUACAUGAAUUAAAGAUGCACAGUGCAGACCAACUGCGUACUGUACGCCUUCAACAAAUAUUGCUUCUAUUUCAAACCUGCAUCCCAAAAGGGAAGCUGUCAAAUUCAGAUGAUAGCCUUGCAAUCCUGGUUAGCCAAAAUCAAUGUAGAACUCUGUUUCCUUGAGGAGAGACUGAAUAAAAAUCCUUGACUAGCAUUUUGAGUCUCAGCUGUGCAUCUUUAGUAGUGUAAUGGUCUCUUUUACUGAAGAAAGAGGUAUUUUCUACUGACAUAUGAACUUCCUUGAAAUAACCAAGUCUUGGCAUUGGUUGGUCUGGCUUUGGAUGUACAUUUUACUGAAACUAUUGAAUUUAGGUUUUUUAGACAUUUAACUGCAAGUUAAUACUGCUAGGAAAUUGCAUUUUGACUGUAGAAUUUAAGUACUAAAUAAACUCUAUGCAUAUUAGA